GUGAUAACACUGUUUUCGAUUUUCAAUUUUGUAUAAUCGCCGAAUUAAAGUUUGAGUUAAUAGAUUGUUGCGAAACUAGUGAAUCUAUAUAAUAAAGUAAAGUUUUAAAGUGAUGUUAGUCUUGUGGAGAUCGUAUACUAAAUCAAACACAACAAAAACAUUACUAUCAGGAAAAUGCAACGCAAUAUUACGGAAUAAUGAAAAUCUCUCACGAAAUCAAAGUAAUAAUGAUUCUAACAGUCCUGAGUUAAUAAAUAGCACUAUAUUACAUGAAAUUGGUUAUAAUGUUACGGAGCUUCCAGUUGUUAUUAGGAAAUUAAAAGAUUUGACUGACUUAAAUGGUCCAGAAAAAGAAGUACCGAAACGUAACAAUAAAUAUGUUGAUUAUUAUUUAAUACAAGAAGAAUUUAAACAAUGUGUGGAUUUACGUGACGUUUUUUCUCUUCUAACAAAGUGUACAAAAAUAACUCCUAAUAUAGCACUAGGUGCUAUAGAAAGAAUUAAUGACUUAGAAAGAAAUACCACGGCAUUGACGUAUAACGCAAAUGAAAAUUACUACAGUAAUGUUUAUUUUGCUAAAGGUGCUAUUUUAGAUAAGUUAUUGAAAGUGGUAAUGAAAACUGAAGACACACAAACAAUUUUAAAUAUUUUGAAAACAAAUUCAUCAUUGAUAGUACCACAUAAAAAUAAGUUUUGUGAAGAAUUGUUAUUCAGAGUAAUGGACAAUAAGCUAAAUGUAGAUCAGUUAUAUGAAUUUGCAUCUUUUUUGCUCUUGAAUACUCAUGAGCAAUAUUAUAUUGAUAUGAUAGAUAAGUUAUGGGUUGGAUUUAUUGCAAAUGAGGCAAAUGUCAAUGAAUCAAAUAUUGAAAAAAUAUUUACCAUACUACAUGGCUUAAAAGUGAGCAAAAAAGCUAUGAUAACUUUUUUAGAACAAAAAUUAAUAGAAUUAUGGCCUAAAAUCACACCUGAUUGUCUGGUUGAUAUUAUGGAUGUCUUUAUAACAAAAAUAUUUUUCUAUACAAUCAUAUGGAGUAUUGGCUAAAUGGUUUUUUUCUAAUAUACAUGCACUUCAUGAAGAUGCUUUCUUGGAUAUUAUUACAAAAUUUAUUUUAUUGAAUUAUACAGAUGAUCAAAUU